GGCUGUUACCCCGAGCGGCGAGACUGCUUGGGAGUCAGAGGAGAGCCAUGGAGAAGCUCCGGCGUCGCCUAAGAGGCCGGCGGUUCAGUUCCCUUUCCGGCAAGACGCUGACCGCGCUGCUGCUGCUGGCGGGCCUCCUGGCGCUCGGGGUCGUCCACACAGACUCCGGCCGCGAGAUUCGAGAAGCACCGGAGUCCCCACAGACCACCAACGUCGCCCCGGUCAUCAUAGAAAAUCCGAACGACCGGGACUUCGAGGGAGUCGUGGAUGACGACCCGGAACUCAUAUCGUACAUCCGGCAACUCAAGCUGCAUCCUCCGUCCACUCAUGAAAAAUACCAUCUUCAAGAUCCCCAAAAGAUUGAUUAUUCGCGAUACAUGCAGUCGGCGAAGAUUGAUAAGAUCCUCAAGAAUAUGACAAGUGGGUUCUUCGUUGAGGUCAACGCCGGCGACGGCGAAUACAAGAGCCAGAGCUUGUUCUUCGAGCUGCAGCGCAACUGGACCGGCCUGCUGGUUGAGCCAGAUGGGCCGCACUUUGCCGAAAUGAAGACCAAGAACAGGAGGGCCUUCACGAUCAAUGCCUGUGUCUCGCUCUCGCCCAAAUGCACGAAUAAGAAUUUUGCGAUCCAAAACAAAACCCAUCACAGAAGCGCCAGAAAAUUCAUGAGGACCCAGUGUUUUCCCCUUUACUCGCUCCUGCUUGCUCUCAACAGAACCACGAUCGACCUGCUUUCACUCUCAGUAGGAGGGGAUGAGCUGAAGGUUCUGCGAACAAUCCCGUGGGACAAAAUGCAGAUCCGCCUUCUGGAGGUGCAGGUCGACGACAUCCCGGAGGGCGAGGAGGCCGUCGAGGAGCUCAUGGCAAAGGUCGGCUACACUUACCUCGGGCGGUGCUGGGUCGACCGCGUGUUUGUAAGAACGGAACUGCUCGACACGGUGCAGAGGAUUUUGACAUACUGACGAUUCUCUGACCUAAUGUUAGUCUA